CUAUUUUAGUCCACCUGAACAAAAAAAAAAAAUGCCUCUGACCUAAGCCUAAAGUAUGCCCCUGGAGAUCAUGUUGGUAUUUUCCCUGCCAACUCUCCAGACAUUGUGGAAGCCAUUCUUGUUAGGUUGGACACAACAAAAAGACCAUCUCCAGACCAAGUUAUAAGUACAGAGAUCUUCACACAACUUGGUAAGUGGAUAUUUAUCCCCACUUUGUGAAGCUAGUCUGCAUUCAUUAUCAUAUGCAGCUGUAACAUCAAAUCUGUUAUGUAUUUAAAAUCAAUUUUUGUGUUUAAAUGGAAAAAUUACAUCAGGGAAGGUACACCAAUUUCCAAUUUUUUAAAAUAUAGUCAAACAUAAAUUAGUUAACCUCUACUCAUUUUGUAAUUCAUUUUCAUAGCACUGUAUUCCUAUAAAUAUUUUCGUUUUCACAUAAUAUUCUCAUAAUUAUUUUCAAUCUGUCCAAUUUUAAAACAAAUACAAGCCCUAAUAAUUAUGUCUUGUGUCUGUGCUAUUAUUUUGAACUUCACUGAAGGAACCAAAUAAGCAUGGAGAAGACAUGAGAAGUUGCCUAUGUGUUCUUUGCGGUCAGCAUUCACAUAUUUUUUAGAUGUUACCACACCUCCCUCACAAGAACUACCGCAUAUGUUGGCCACUCAGGCCUCAAGUGACAUGGACAAAAAGAGACUUGGGCUACUAGCAACGGUAAGGAUAAAAAAACAAAACAAAUUUACUACUGGUUAAAUAUUGGAGGGGGGGGGGGUUGUAAAUUUCCUUCCUUUUUUAAUAAAUUUUUUUUUUUUACCCUACCCCCCCCCCCCCUGUCAACAGUAAACUUUCAAGCCACCCACUAAGAAACUAUUUAAUUUUUAACAUUUACCCACACCCCACUUGUUUUCCAAAAACGCACACACAAAAAUGAAAAACAUUCCAAAUUAUUUGUAGGCCUAACUAAAUCCUUACUACAAAGCUUUAAAAGAUUAAAAUCCUACACAUUUCAAAUUGCAUCACUUGGCAUUUCCGCACUUGGCUCAUUUACCCAGGAGGUCAACUGUUUCUUACUAUUACUUAUCAACGGUCAAGUUUACGUUUUCUAUUCAUUAUAUUAAUCUAACACAACUAAUGGACCUGGGUAAUUGCUAACUACACACCAUUUAUGGUACUUUAUUGCACAUAUUGCCUUGAGUAUCUGUGACAGAAUUGACCGGUAAAUAAAGCCUACCUUUUGACCUCAAUUGAAUUUAAAUUUGUGACCAGCCAUUAGCAGGACACAAACAUAAGUUACUUUACAUUUAAUCUUGUAUGUUUCAUUAUGAGACAAUUAUCAAAAGCCUUACAUUACCUGUAAAUUACAGCAAAUGAUUUUCAAAUAUUAUCACAGGAAAAUAUAAUUGUUGAUAUGAAUUAAACAUGAUCCCCCCUCUCCCUUCUUUGAGAAUAGUCAGAUUUUUCCUAGAUCACCUCCAUCCAACAAUUUUUUGACACAAUAAUUAAUAAGUGCCUGGUUGCUGGUAAAACAUUAAAAAAUACAAAACAAUUUUCCUUCAGGAAAUGAGAUAGAUCAUGUUUAUUUAUUUUUCAAAUAGAUUUUGACUCGUGCUUGAAGGCAUACAAAUAUAUUUUGUCAUCUUUAACUUUGUAUAGCUCGCGAUCUAGUAUAGGCCUACUUCUAUAAAGGAUACUGUAAAAUAAUUAUUUUAGACAGUUUAAAAAAAUCUUUUAAUUUCUUCCUUACGAUUCAGUGGCUUAUGAAAAAUGGCAGAAAGACCUGAGCCCCAAUAUCCUAGAGGUUUUGGAUGAGUUUCCUUCCCUCAAAGUUUCCCCUUCACUUCUGCUGACCCAGCUGCCAUUGCUGCAACCACGUUACUAUAGCAUCAGUUUCUCCUCACAGCAGUACCCUAUACAGGUUCAUGCAACCAUUGCUGUAAAGUUUAGAACCCAAGGUAAAAUUAAAUGUCUCAUAAAAUCUUCUCCUAUUACCAAGCAAAACUUUGAAAUGAAAUGACCAUGUUUAAGAUUAUUUAUAAAUAAUUCUUGCAUAUCUUUUGUAAUAUUAAAACAAAAUAUAUUUUUAUAGAUGUCACACUGUUUGCAAACUUUGUGGUUCCCAAAAUAUGUACCAUGUCACCAUGGGUUCAGUGUUGCCCUUUGGUAGAGCCAUAAAAAAGGGACAACUGUUUUUAUAGUAAAAAUGUAACUUAUAUCUCAAAGUGUAUUUGUUAGAAUUUGAUAUAGUGCGGAUGUUAGCAACCUAAAUUUGGAAAAGGAGAUAAAAAUUGAAAUUCUGGGAACCACUGUCUUAGCAGAACCAAAUUAACUAAAUACCUUACACACGAUAGGACCAUCCAAUAAUUGAUUCUCUAAUUUGGCAUAUAUUUCCCCUGCCAAAUCCCCCUCCCCCUCCCCCCAUUCAAAAUUUGUGACACAAAUUACAGGCAUCCCACUUAAAUAAUAUUCCAUCACAAGUUCGUUGACACCCACCCUCCCUCACACACACACUUUUCCUCUCAACGAGUGAUGUUUAUGAUGGCUUAUAUAGUUGACUUAACAUUACUAGUAGUUUCUACCGUUCUAAUAUUGUGUUAUCUAGCGUGUUACUGUUCCUACCAGAAGCAAAUCAAGGUCUAUAGUGCAGCAGUCCUCCUGACACUGCUCUACGGAUGUGAAACGUGGGCAGUCUACCAUCGUCAUGCCAAGAAACUGAAUCAUUUUCACACUACCUGCCUCAGGAAACUCCUUGGCAUCAGGUGGCAGGACAAAGUCCCCAACACCGACGUCCUCGCUAGAGCGAAACUACCUAGUAUCUUCACCACUCUGAUGCAGUCUCAGCUCGGUUUGAUGGGACACGUAGCCCGAAUGGAAGACCGCCGGCUCCCGAAACAGACAUUCUUCGGAGAACUCACAAUAGGCAAGCGCUCCCAAGGAGGUAAAAAAAAAAAAAAAGCGUUACAAAGACUCAUUGAAAGCGGCACUAAAGGCCUUCAGCAUAAACCCAGGAAAACACACAAGAGGCAACCGCUCCCAAGGAGGUAAAAAAAAAAAAAAAAAGCGUUACAAAGACUCAUUGAAAGCGGCACUAAAGGCCUUCAGCAUAAACCCUACUUAAUGGGUGCAGACAGCCCUGGGCAGAGCCAGGUGGAGACAUGCUGUCUCAUGAAACCAGUAGGAUAACCACAGCUGAGACAUGCAGGCUUGUCUGAAAGAGCAACAUUAGGUCACCGUCUGAAGCAACUAUCCCAUGCCCACGGUGUCAUAGAUUAUUCCGAGCAAGGAUCUGUCUAGCAGGCCCCCCUACGAGCUCACAGCAACCCAACCUCCCCCUAACCGGAUGACUCAAUGGUCCUAGUGGACUUGGGACGAACAACCUUUGCAACCAUACUAAUAGUGUGAUAUCUAGUCUACCAUUGCUACCAUACUAUUAGGGUGAUAAUCUACUCUAGUGUUACUGUUGCUACCAUACAACAUUAUAGGUAUAUAAAAUUAAUAUCCCCUUACCGAGGGAUUUAACACUAAUCUAGUCUGUUCCUUGUAAAAACACAAAGCAACAGUAUGACAAUUAGACAAUUAUUCAAUGAUAAUUUUACAUUAUUAGAGAUAGAUAUAUGGCUUUCAGAAUUUUAGGAUAAUUGUGUCAGAAGUAUUUAUUGUGUGAAUAAAUGUAUUUACUUUCUGCCGAGACCCAAUUCCCCCAAAAUCCAUAAGCAUGCGUAUUCAAAAUCUUUAAAAUCAACAAGCCCCGCCCCCUCUCCCCAUUCUCAGUGCAUAAGUACUAUAGGGAUGGCCCGUAUGAUUUAUUUAGUUUCAAAGAGUUGCGAAAAUUUUCAUUAUGUACUUAAAUGAAGUAAUGUUGUUGUUUUUUUUUUUAUUACAUUUGAUUUAUUAUUUCAUCACAAAAUAGGAUGAAAACAGAUUUCAUGAGGACAUAUUUGGGGCUUUUAUAAGAGACCCAAGAGAAACAAGAUCUGAAGAUCAGCCAAAGAUAAAUCUGGAUGCAACUUCCUUGGCUGCAAAACCAAAUUCCUUACUGGAAUGAGCUGUCCUAAUUGAUACCCAUGCAUUGAAUUGUUUAGAAGUCAUAAAAUGGCUAAAAACAUGAUAGUUUUGCAUACAUCUGAAAGGAAUACGUCAUGUUAAAUAAAUUGUGGAUGCGACAAUAAGAUGCAUAUUCUUUCUUCUAAUAACCUUUUUUGAUAUAUUUAAUUACUUUCUUUAACUUUAAGUGAAUUGUUCAACAUUGUUUAACAAUGAAAUUAACAAGAAUGUACUUAACUAUGCUAUUUACUGAAAAGGAGUUUCAGAAUUAUUUUUCAAUCAUAUCAUUUUAAUUUUAAAAAAUAUCUAAACGUAGCACCAAAAUGAAUAUAAAUGCUUACUUUCUUAAAAUAAAAACAUUUGAAAAAUCAAAAUAUCACCCCAAAAUAUAAAAGGAAUUUUUAAAUUAUUAAAUUGAAAUAAAAAUCCAAAUUAUAUAAAAUAUAGUGGAUGCUGGAAAUUAAAUUCUUUUGAAAAUAAAAUUAAUAUUAACAUAUUUUUGCGUGGUACCUUGACUAUUUGUUAGAUAUGAUUAAUUUCAUAAAAUUUGUGUAAGCUCUAUUGUGUAAAAUCUUGUUGGCAAUAAGACCUUUCUUAUUUAAAUGAGAAAUGUGCAUAAAUGAUCGAUUUUUGCUGUAUGUAUAAAUACUUUUUCUCUACUUCUUUCAUCAAUAAUAUUAUACUAAUUAAUACUAUUGUUUAAAUAUAUAGUAGUUUAAACAUUUUAU